GCACCCAAAGUUCAUUUACCACUCAAAUAAUACUUAAUAAAUAUCUUCGAAAAUACAUGAGAACAAUUGGAUUUAUCUUAUUUAACGACGACUACGAAGAAUGGAAACAUUACCGAAGAAUACUUGAGCAAACCAUCUCAAAUCAAAGUUACCAACACGCGCUAUUUGAUAUUAUUGUAGAAUCUUUCAAAGAGAUACAAGUGUACUGGAAAGAGCUCGGUGCCGAGCACGUUGUUGACAUGAGGGAAUGGACUAUGCGUCAACUCUUUGAUAUCAUAUUUCGUACAACUACAGGAGAAAAUUUAUCUAUCAUGACUAAAUAUUUCAAUAGUUUGACGACUGGGCCGAAAAUUCAUAUAGCAGAAGAAAUCGAUAGAAUGGGCGAAGAUAUUGAACAACAAUUAGAAAACAGCCCAAAAGGAGCCUUUUAUUUUCUGUAUGUGCCUGAAGUGCUGGUGAGAUCCAUUUUUUGGCCGAAAACGAAAAAAUAUUUUCAAAAACCCGAAAAGGUUCGAGCAAUAUAUGAUAAAAUUAUUCGAAAGCGAAGGCAAGAAAAUCAGAAUAAAAACUCAUCCAAUCGAAAAGAAGAUGUUUUAAAUUUACUACUGAACAAUAAGUCUAUAGCUUUAUCUGAUCAACAAAUUUCUAUCAUCCUCUUUGAAAUUAUUGGUGCGUCAUUUCUGACAACUUCAAAUACAUUUGGAUUUAUGCUCGAAUAUAUAGAACGCAAUCCAAAUGUCAAACAAAAAUUACUUGAAGAACUAAACACAGUUUUUGGCGGCGAUAAAACCAAUAUCUCCUUUAAUAAACUUACACAACUUAAAUAUAUCGGAGCAGUGAUUAAUGAAACACUUCGACACUCUCCAUCAUUCUUAACAAUCCUUCGAGCGAACAGCCAAGAAGUCGAUGUUGUCGGGUGUAAAUGGCAUGCCUCGACACAAUUCAGAAUAAAUGUCACUGCGAUUCAUCAAAAUCCUAGUCUUUGGCAUAAUCCCCAUGAAUUUAAUCCUGAACGAUUUCUCGAUGGACAAAAGGAAAACAUAAAGAACAAUUCAAAUCUUAAUUUCGGAACUGGACUACGUAUUUGUCCCGGCCGAUUUCAAGCGGCAAACAUGUUAAAAACCAUGAUUUCGUUGCUUUACCUUAAUUAUCAG